UGUACGACGUUCAGAAGCUGCAGUCGUUUGCGUCCGGCGCAUAAUAAUAAUACAUUAACUGCGUCCAACAGAAAGGCAUUCAUAGGUUAGCUCUAUUUAUGUUACUUAUAAACAGACUAAACGUAGUGCUAAAGCCAGGCAAGAAUUGCACGCACGUCGGACUCCUAUGCUUAGCACUAUAGACUACUAUACCCGACACAGGAUGUUCAAUAGGAAGGUUUCCAUCUUGAACGCGAUGUUGGGGACUCGGCCAGCAAGCAGUGAAGUACAAAUAGGAAACGAGAGGGCGUUAUGGGGCCUAAUAAUAUGUCGUUUCGUGACAUAAUUGGGUACCGCAUUUAAACCCACUAUAUUACACUGAACGUUUGUGCUAACGUGGUUAGAUAUAGAAUAAAAUGAUCACCUCGAUCAAACGUUAAAGGGGCUAAACAGACAAUUAGAGAAAGGAAAAAAGUGCAACGAAGAGAGUGACUACUAAUUGCUGUCUAGAAUAGACUUUUUUGAAGUUGACUUUUUUGGAAAAUUUAGGUAGGGAGUCCAAAUAAAGCGCAGUUAACAAUCGGAGCCAUGAAUUUGUAAUCCAUGCGUACAAUUUAGGGUUUAAAAUGAUUUUUAUGCUAGAUCAGAAAAACGUAGUCCAAUGACUAUUCUGAUUAUAUUGGAACAAAUUUAUAGAACGGUUGGCUUCUUUGCGUUUUUUCCUUAGAUAGAUUCAUUAAACGGUAAUACUUAUACUAGAUAAAAAGAGCUGCCGACUACGAGUAUAAAUACGAAAAUGUAGUCCAAGAGGCUUAAAACUGGGACCCUUAUACAAAGCAAAAAAGACAAAUGGAAAACGUAGCCAAAAAUACCAAAUGUCUGUGGCACAAAAUUAACCUUUGAUUUUAUAGGAUAGUGAAAUAUGUUGGAUUAUGGUCGGCGAAUCUUGGACCUCACGGCUGAUGGUUGACUGUAAAGUUGGGAUGUUGAAAGCGAAGUUACAGAGCAACCGGAUAGGUUGCUCUGUAAAAGCUGAUUGACUCGUAGACAGGCUAACGAGCGGACAUAGUCUGAAGUUAAGGUGGAGUAUAGAAUCGAAUUGCAUAUCAGUGUGUUGUUUCUAGCAGCGCAAAAUGUCGUUGAAUGCAGAGAUACGAAAAGAAAUUUUGUAGGUUAGUUUAAAUUACAAUAGAUUAAAAUCAAGCUUUUUAUUAGAGGCGUGCUUGCAGAAUGGCUAGGAAGUUCAUUCAACGCUGGCUAAACUUGAUGCAAAUUCAGACGCCAACGUAAUGAAACAAGGAUACGAUCUUCUAAUCGAUCCAAUAUUCCCAGAAACCGAGCUACAUAAGCGGACUGCUAUAAUGGAUGUAUCAGAUGAUUCCUGCAUUGCUUCUGGAAACGUCUUGAGGCUGAAUAUUCCCUAAGUCCAACCAAUUCAAACAUGCUGCAAUAAUUGAUUUAUUCAAGGCGUAAGGUUAUAAUAAUUAUCUAUAAUCGGCGUUAGUAGUACAUCCAUAACACACAUAUUUCCGUUUCUAUAGUAAUUUUUAUUUCCCUCUAAUAUUCCUUAGACGUUUUGAAAGAUUUGUGAUAAAAUUGUUUUCUUCCAAAUAAGGACAAAGUAGAAAAUGUGUUCUAAACGUCUGUUUAAUAAUUUUUCUCGGUAUAAAUAUAAUGCCGAGGACGACAGCACAACGGCUUACUAGGUUAUCAACUCGUAUGUGCAGAAAGUUACGAGAGCUAUGGACAAGCCAUCGUUCAACCUAGACAGUCCGUCGUACGGUUCCGUCAGUUCGUUUAAACUGUAUAUACCUAGAAAACCAAUACUGAUUUGUGAAUCUCAGUGCUGGAGCACAGGUGUCAUACGACAUCACGGCGGAUAUCUGAGGGCUUGUUUGGCGGUGAAUCGUAGUGUCCACAAAAGAGGGGACAUUCAAGGGUCUGUUUCAUUUUCGCCGAGUAGCGGGGUUUGAUGUCGCCGGCAAGUUAAUAGUUCAUUUUAGAUUGUACGGUCGAACAGUACGUUUACUGCGUCAGAGCAUUAGUUUCUGCUUGUCUCAUUUGAAGAGUUCGUAUGAGAAGUGCACCAUUGAUUCCCCGCCGAUUGGAAAAUAGGCUAUAAAUCAGCUACUGGGCCCCGCCUAACAACGUCAUUAGUUAUGGCGGUAUCUUCAACGGCUAUGGGUACAGCUUUCCCGAAUGGCUACAAUCUCGGUGUUACGAACCCGCCUGAACAGGUCAUCAAAGCAUUUAUCAACACAAGUAUGACGGUCAAUAGCGGCUCAGUGCCUAGUGACGUGGAAGUUACCGGUAACUUCGCUGUAAUCGUUUCGGCCAUUUGCGUGGGUGGCCUCGUUGGUGGUUUACUGGUCCUUCCAAUCUCCAAGAAAUGUGCGCGUCGAGCAAGUUUGAUGUUCAACGCAAUUUUCGCUAUUUUGGGAGCGGCCUGUAUGAUGCUUUCAAGGCAAAUAGGUCGUCAUGAGUUAUUGAUCUUGGGCCGCAUUUUCGUGGGAGUUCAUGCAGGUAUAAGUGGUGGUAUCGCCCCACUCUACUUCAACGAAUUAUCUCCUGCGGUAUGGCGAGGUGCCGUGGGAACAAUCUAUCAACUUGUCGUGGUCAUUGCAAUUCUCGUCUCGCAGAUCCUUGGACAAUAUAACGUACUUGGAAAUGAGGAAACGUGGCCAGUUUUAUUUGGCGGUGGCGUGCUUCUUCCUGAACUGCUGAUGCUGCUCGUAUUGCCGUUUUGUCCGGAGUCGCCGAAGUAUUUACUGCUUGAACGCAACGAUGAGAGUGGCGCCGAAAAAGCUUUGAAGUCCCUGCGUGGGGUUUCUAACGUAAAGAAGGAGCUAAAGGUUUUCAAAGCAGAAGCUGAAAGAAUUCGCAAAAACCCGCCUGUAAAACUUGCCAGUAUUCUACAAGAUAAGCUACUAAGAAAAGGCUUUACGAUUGCUUGUGUAGUGAUGCUGUCACAGCCCCUAUCGGGAAUUAACGCCGCAAUAUUCUUUUCAACGCAGAUCUUCCGGACUGCCGGGCUAAGUGAUAGCCACGCUGGUUUAGCAACUGUAGGCAUGUCUGUCGUUAACCUUUUGACUACAAUCGUUUCGUUUUCCAUCGUAGAACGAUCGGGAAGGCGUACAUUGUUAUUAAUAGGCUAUUGCGGUAUGGGCCUAGUCUCCAUCGUGCUGAUGAUUGCACUUGCUACCUAUGCCGCGCUUCCAUGGAUGAGUUGGGUGGCAGUAGUGGGUGUGCUGUUAUUCAUCAUGAUGUUUGCCCUCGGAACUGGCUCAAUUCCGUGGUUUUUGCCCACCGAACUACUGCCCGCGCCAGCCCAACCUCUCACCACCGGAAUCUGUGUCGCACUCAACUGGACUUUUAACAUCUUUGUUGGAAUGGUAUUCCCUCUACUUAUGACUCUGAUCGGUUACUAUACCUUCAGCAUAUUUACAGUGUUCCUGAUGGGUUUCUUUAUUUACGUGUGGCGUAACCUACCGGAAACAAAAGGCCGCACUGUUGAAGAGAUCCAGGCCAUAUUUCGGAAGGACUGAGAAAUGACGAGAAUCUUUUCUGAAUAAAGCGAUUCAAGCGCUCAUUCAUAGGUACUAUAUAUAUAUAUAUAUAAUAUAUAUAUAUAUAUAUAUAUAAACAUCCUUCAAAUAUUCUUUGAAAAAAAAGUCAUGUAGACUCACUAAACCACGUUUCAUCUAAGAAAAAAACUGAAUUAAAUUUUGGCCUUAUAACAAGUUAAAAAUUUCAAACAUUCGAGGUUUUGAAACGGCUAAAAAAUCCGACAGGUACAAAGAGGCGCAAGAGUCUCAGAUGGGCUACCGUUUGGAGUUCAUCUGAACAGUCCGAUUGGCAAGAAAUGUUCUUACCUCGAAAACAGCCGCUAUCUGUGUCACAAAUUUAGAAUUACUAAAAAUGUUUUUUACUUCCAUUUAAUGAAGUUUUGAUACCGCUUUGCCUCAUAGAAACAAGCAAUAAAUGUAAUAAAUAGAGAAAGCUGACGAAAAUUAUGCUGUGAAUGAUUGAUGUUAUGCAAAUAUAGUUUUUAAUUUAAAUUUCAUAAAAAAAUUACAAAAGACAUGAUGUGAAAUCCAUCAGGAUUACUGGAAUUUAUUUUAUUUGGAUAUUUUGAUAAAUUUAAUAAAUUUCUGAAACUCUAUCGAAAUAUACUUUAAUAUUGAUAUUUGAUCUGUAUGGAAAUUGAGUUUUCAAAGUUUCAAUAAAAAAUUAAUCUUUUUAAUUUCAGUCCAGUUCGCUUAGCGUGAAGACAUUCGAUAAUAGUUGUUCUUAAUUCACAUUCCUCUUACCGUCACCAUAACGGGUUUGUUACUUUGUUCUAGAAAGGACAGCCUUUCUUUUAGCGCAAUAAUAGCAGACGAAAAAGCACCCGUUACGACAAAUAGAUCGAUAAUGUCUAUCCGGAUUUAAGCAGACCACUGGUAUAAAAACAACUAGCUCAACUAAAAAUUUUCCUAAGUAAUAAUUAUCUAUAUGAUUUUGGGCAAAGAACUAGCUUAAAAUUCUUCUAAGUAAUAAUUAUCUAUAUGAUUUCGGACAAACAACUAGCUCAACUGAACGUGUCCAAUUUAAGGUUUAUACUACAAAACGCGCAGAUCAACGCGAAGUGCACUAUCCUGAUGACAAGAAUAACUAAUCGUUUUCCAUAUCAUAGCCCGUGAAACGCAAAACACAAAAAGACUUCACGCGAGAUUAUCAAUAGACAUUAUGCUGACUUCGCUCUUAUGCUGAAAAUGGUAGAUUAAAAAAAUAAAGGCAAACAUCAUUAACGAUCUCGGAGCCUUUGAGUAUUACUGUGAGUACGUUCUGGAUUCCAUAAAGAACUGAAGAAAAGCCAUUGUCACUGGGCCCUAAAUUUUGACUUGUGUACUCCUAGUACACUCUGCGCGCGUAUAUGUAUAUAUAUUGAAGCUGUAUCUAUACCCGGCAAGCAAACGACCUUCGACUUUGAUAUUGUUUACUUUAUAUUUUGAUAAAACCAUUCGUCAUUCAGGCGUACAACUUAUUAGCUUUAGAGCUUGUUCGUGACCGAAGUUACCCGUUAUUCCCGAAGUAGGAUACGUUUAGAGAAACUGCCGACCAUACUGAAGUAACACAAAACUCUAAUUUACUCCACUUGCCGCUUUAUCCUCCUUCCGCCGUCCUUUAUUGGCCAUAGCCUCUUGUUGCAUGUGCUGCUCAGUGGUGGACUCUUUGAACGCGUUGGCUAAUAUGUUUGGCGUUAUCUUCGUAACGCUGCCCCUUUCCAUAAGGUGAAUAUAGGUAAUAUUUAGCAACGUUUCCUAAAAUCAUCUGAUGGGCCCUUCCACACUACAGAUAUUGUGACCUCCAGUGGGUCAAUCGCGCACUCUUCGGCGGGUCCCAUAUCCCCGUCCUCAAAAAUUUGUUUCCGAGUGCCUGUCGUGCAGUUAACAGUUAUAAACAAUGCUCCGUGAUUGGAUGUCUCAGACCUGACAUCAUUAACGCUGAGCGUAUAGUGGUAGUUUUCGUUAGGGUCGUUCGGGUCAACUGUCACGUAGAGCGAGACCGGCAUAACGUUUAGGUUAAUGACGACCGUGGUAGCGUGAAUAUUCGACGCCAUUGUUUGCAUGUUAUCCAAGAACUUCAUGUGACACCAUAUGUCGGCUUUUGGCCAACCUCCUUGGCGGUAUUUGUGAGAAUGCACUUUAAGGUCGACCUUGUUAAAGAACCCAUCGAAAAGCUCUUCGAUGUCCUCGUCUGCAUCGGGCACUCCAUGUUGCUCUACCCACUGAGCAAGCUGAAGGUGGGCUUGAACAUCACCGAGAUUAAAACCAGCCAAUUGUGAGACAGAGAAUAGCUUGCUAUAGAAGUACUUCACGUAUUUUCC